AUGACGUUGGAAUUAUUACCAAAUGAAGUUAUUAUUCAUUGUUUUGAAUAUCUUAAUGCAAUAGAUUUAUUCAAUGGUUUUGAUAAAUUAAACUAUCGUUUACAAAAUUUGAUUGAAAAUAUUCCAUUAUGUUUUAAUUUUCAACGUGUAAAAAGAAUAACAUUUGAUAAAUUCUGUAAUAAAAUAGUAUUGAAUCCAAAUCUUAAACAACAAAUUUAUUCAUUACAGUUAUCAAAUGAAAUUGAUACAUGUGGUCAAAUAAAAUCAUUUUUAUCAUUAUUUUCACUCAAUAAAUUUUGCCAACUUCGUUCAUUAACUUUAAUUAAUGUAAACGAAAAUGAAAUAGAAAUGUUAAAAUUAAUUUUACCAUCUUUAUCAAAUUUAUCCUAUUUUUGUGAUUAUUCAAUGAAAAUAGACAAUACAACAUUAUCAGCAUUUUCACUACCAAAUCUACGAAAAUUAGUAGUAGGAGAUGUAUUUGAUUGUUCUUUAUUUACUGAAAAAGCUACAUUUCUCACACAUUUAACAGUUGCACAUUGUCCGCCAAUGGUUUUUGAGAAAUUAUUUAAAUAUGCACCUAUGUUAAAAUAUUUGAAUGUCAAAAGAUUGGAAGAACAGAACUGGUUUUUCGGACGUAUAUUGGAUCUAGCUAGUGUACGGACUAUUUAUUUAACUCAACUUAAUUUAUGUAUAUAUGAGCUGGAAUUGGAACAUAUUGAAAUUCUUUUAAGAGAGAAACCAAACUUAAAAAUAUUAAUAUUAUCGAUUAUCUCUCAAGAUAAAGAUAUAGUCGAUUCUAAUCGUUGGCAAAAGUUUAUUUCAUUACAUUUACCUCAUUUACAUAUUUUUAAAUUCUACUUUUCUAUUAAAUUAACAUGUGUGUAUAGUUGGGUAUGUAAUGGUCCUUUUUACGAAUUUGAAGGACAAUUUCAACGUGAUUUUUGGAAUAAACAACAUCAUUGGCAUACUGUUUAUCAAUUAGAAGAAUCUAGUGCAAGUAUUUUUACUAUACCUUACAAUAAGAAUGAUUAUAUUCUAACAUCUCAUACACAAUUAAAUUGUCAGAAUAUAUUGAUAGAUACUUCAAACCUAUUUGAUAAUGUUACAAAUUUAACAUUAAGUCUAAAUGGAAUAUCAAAACAUUGUCAUACUCCUAUGAUAUUUUCAAAUAUAAAAACAUUAGUUUUAAAAGAAGAACAUGAUCCAAAGUGGAGUGACUAUAUUGUACCUGUCAUAGAAUCGAUCAGAUCCUCUAAAUUAAUUAUGAAUUUAUUUAAUCUUCAACAUUUAGAUAUUAAACGAACUUGUACAAUAGAAUUAUCAUUAAUUUUAUUACAAAUUUUAAAAGAAACACCACAUUUAUCAUCAUUAUCAAUCGAUAGAAUUGAUUUAAUAUCAUUACUUACUAAUGAUGAAUUAUGUAAUUAUUUUAGUAAGUUAAUAACAAAAUUAAAGAUUCGUGAUUAUACACAUUGGGGUUCAAAUGCUUUUAAUUCGUUAGAACAAGUGUGGAAUAUAUUUUCGAAUAUUAAACAAUUAAAAUGUUACAUUGAUAGUCUCAAUGAUAUAUUAUUUUUAUUUAAUCAUUUACCAAAAUUAUUAAAUUUAACAGUCGUUUGUGACCCAGAUUCUGAUGAUGAUCUUCAGUUGUGGUUACAAAAUAAUAUAUCACAACUUAAUGCAAAUUUUUUUGUUGAUACUUAUGACGGUAGUUUGAAUUUUUGCAGUAAUAAAUCUAUAUGA